AUGUCGACAUCAUGGGACGCCGACCAGGAGCGACUUCCACAGAUGAUCUCCAGCGAGGACGUGGCCGAAAGGCAGCGCCUGGCUGACCUCAAGCAGUUUCGAAAAUACCUGGUUGAAGCUGGAACUGUCCAGUGCUUGGUCAAGAUGUACAAGCAUUCUGUCAAGCACGAGAUGCGAAUUGACAACCCAAGCCUGGUCACACAGUUCCUUGCGGGCUACACGGAUGGCAAUCCCGACGCAGAGGAGAUCCAGACACUUCAGCGAGAAAACGCUACACUCGAAGAGUACAAUGCCGUGAUGGAGUCGCAGGUGAAGGACCUGCAGCACCAAAUCGAACGGCAGAAGAGGAGAAACCUCGGCCGUGGCAUUUGGCGUCGUUUGUGUCCAGACUCGGAGGCAGAUGUGUCCUUGGACGAGCUCUUCAUCCGGCUUUGCGGCAACGAGGUUGAGCCCUCCACGGGAGAAGUGCUAGUUGACCUCCUGCGGCCGCAGAUGUACAAAGACAUCGACCUGGUCACGGCGACACGCGUUUCUCAAGAAGACUUCAUAGAGAUUGUAGGCGACAUGGAGUCCGAAAGGCGCCUUUCCUGGUUGGAGGAACUCUUUGCGAGGCUGCAAGACUCAGAAUCAGGAGAGGCGCCGUAUCAACGGGAGCUCAUGCAGGCCAUCAUUGAUUCGGAUCUGCUUCCCCACGAUACGUUUCUUCUGGCGGAUGCCGUCGAGCUUGAUGAGAAUCUAGUGGCUUUCCUGGAGGUAGUCGCUGCUGGCCGAAAGGACGCCCCGCCUCCCGCCAUAUUGGAAGAGGAGGGUGAUCAGGAAGAAGAGCCAGCUGACUGA